AUGGUGCCCUACAGAAAAAAUUACAGAGAAACCCCAACAGGAACACUAAGAUAUCGGUCACAAGAAACAACGGCGUCAUCGAAUAAACGAAUUAAAGGACAAGAGUUAGAAAUAAGAACAUACGAAUUUUUAAAAAACUAUGGAUUAGACGUAACGAGAACAUGUGAUGGAUAUUAUAAUAGAAAUACGCAAAGGUACAUAUCGACGGGGGAUGGAGGAAAAGACAUGAUCGCAAGAUAUAAAGAAAAAAAUAUUUUAGUACAAUGUAAAAAUCACGAAGCAGAAAUCGGAUCACCAAUAAUCCGACAACUAAUAGGAUGUAUGAAUAAUAAACAUGAUUAUGGAAUAAUAGUAGCAAAAGGAUUUAAUAGUGGAGCAAAAAGAAUAGCAGAAUCAUCAAAAGAAAAAAUAGUAUUAGCAACAAUAGAAACUCUGGGAACGGAAUUAACAAAACUAUUAAAUAACCAAGUAAUGGAACAAGAAGAAGAAAUUACCAUUAAAAAUCCCGAAGGAAAUAUUCAUAUAAAUUUUUCGACAA